AUGCCUCGUAGGCACGGUGCUUUAGACGACUACACGUCUGCUGUGCCUCAAAUCAUCUUGUCGACCUCUGAUUCCGAUUAUCUAGAUCACCUCAUACCGGUGCUUAAAGAUGCAACCAACUCACGGCGGACGCCAGCCCUUCUGCAGUCCUUGUCUCGUUAUUCCGAGGACCGCGAAGCAGACAUUGAACGAAUCGGACUGACCAAACACGAAGAGUUUCUCGAUUCGGUCCACAGACUACAAGAAGUCCGCGAAGGGACUGUUACCCUCACCACUGAGAUUCUCAAACUCAACCAAUCAAUUCAAGCAAGUACCGAGAAGCUUGCUGAUCAAAAGGGUGCCCUUGUCAACACAAAGGCUGUGCGCCAGAAUAUUGCUGACGCGGCGGAUGCCCUUCGAGAAUCCCUUACGGUGCUCCAUGCCGUGAACCACUCCCACGAGCUCGUACGCCGCAAGAAAUACUAUUCCGCCUUAAAAUCGCUGGAAGAUUUGCAGAAUGAACAUCUUGUUCCGAUCCUCCAGAAUCGCUAUGCCACCCAGCAUCGCCUAGCGGAUGCAAUUCAGAAGUCUCUUCCUGCUUCCCGAAGGGCAAUUUCCGAAGCGGUCAUGUCGGACUUGAACACCUGGCUCUUUCGGAUUCGUGAGACCUCACAAUUUCUGGGCGAAGUUGCGUUCUAUCAUACAGAAAUGCGAAGAAACAGGCAAAGGGCGCGAAUCGAAAACGAAAAAUUCUUGGAGAAUUUCAAGUUGAAUUCGUCUAUUGAGUUGAUUUCAGAUGAGAAUGAGGAAUUUGAUGUUCUCGACAACGAAGAGCUCCAGGUUGAUUUUACACCCCUGUUUGAAGCUCUGCAUAUUCAUGAUGCCCUUGGACAUAGCGACCGAUUCCGCUCGGAAUACGCUUCUACCCGACGCCAGCAGAAGGACCUUUUAGUGCCAACCUCAAUUGAUUUACUGGCCGAGGAUGGGUCUUCUCUUAGCAGUCUUCUCGAAGGAAUUGCAGGAUUUGCAAUUAUAGAAAAGGCAACGAUGCAACGGGUCCCGUAUCUACGAUCCGUGGUUGAUGUAGAAGAGUUGUGGGACUCCAUGUGUACCGCCGCCAUAGCCCUCACCACGAAGGCUCUAACAAACAUUGAUAAUGCUGAAGUCUUACUUAAAAUUAAAAGCGUCAUUGCAUUGUUCAUUCAGACCAUGGAAGGCUGGGGAUAUUCUGUAUCCACUCUGGAUAACUUUCUCCUGCAGCUCUUCGACAAAUAUGCCCAGCUACUGAAGCGCCGAUUCAGCGAAGACUUUCAAGAGAUCGUUUCGACGGAUGAUUAUAUGCCGAUGGCUAUCAACUCACUCAGCGACUAUGAAAAAGUGAUAAACGUCAGCUGGUUCACGCCAGAUCGACCUACAGAGGAGCUUACGUUUCCAUGCGUUUUACCAUUUUCUCAGAUGUACCCACUCUGCUGUAUCGAUAUUCGAAACUUUCUGAAUCAAUUCUAUUUCUUUCUCGAUGAUCACUUUCAGCACUCAGAUAUCAUCGAUGAGACGCUUCGAAAGUCUCUGGACGAGCUCCUCAGCGAGAAGAUCCUUAUAAACUUGGAGCACUUUGAAAUAGCCUGUCGAGAGCUAGAACAGCUAUUGAUACGAGCAAGGUCGUCUACUUCAGCGGGUGGUCCUUUGCGAUUAAACGCCACGGAAGAGUUUCGCAACAACAAGAAGACUGCUGAGAAGAGAAUAUUUGAACUGGUCAACUCCAAAAUUGAUGACCUCGUUGACACGGCAGAAUACGACUGGCUGGCGAGCGGUGUGCCGACAGAGCCAAGCAAUUACAUGCAAACGCUCACUCGGUAUCUAUCCAAUAUUAUGAACUCGACGCUUCUGGGGUUGCCAAGAGAAAUCAAGGAGUUGAUUUAUUUUGAUGCUCUCAGCCAUGCAGCUGAAAAAAUCCUGCUUUCAAAGGCCCUCCCUCUUUCACCAGAGGUUCGACACAUCAACGGGCAUGGUGUCUUUGCCCUGGCACAGGAUGUCAACUAUCUUACAGAGUUUGUCGGAAGUCUUGAAAACGGGCAGAUGCUACGCGAAAAUCUUGACGAACUUCAGCAGACUGUAAAUCUGAUGCAAUCUGACAAUCAUGAAGAAUUUUAUGAUAUUUCAAUCCGCAACAAGAAAUAUGGCCGAGUUGACGUGCUCAAUGGGCCGAUCCUACUUGAGAAGCUUACUCCUACCGCACAGCCUUCAGGGAGAGCUGCGCCACUUUCCAACUUAUCUCGCUUUGCCAUCAUGAAAUGA